UAAAAUAAAAUGGAAAUGGCGAAGGAGAACGGAGGAAAAGAGGCGGCGGUCGUUUUCGAAGGUUUCGACCUCCGCUUCGAGCUCGUGCCUUUGUCCUCCGCUCUCGCUUCUUUUUUUUUUUUGGUUUUUACUUCUCUCUCCUUCUCCGGCAAGCAAGCAAUCGCAGUCGGCUAUGAGGGCUCGGAGUUAGGGUUCCACAGCGCCGGCUCCGGGCUCGAUGCUUUUAGCCUCGCUGAGAGAAGCUCUCGCCGCAUUUAGGGUAUUCACCUUUUAGGGUAAACUGUGACAUUUCUUUCACUCGCAGUUCAAGUAGGAUGAGCUCUGCAUUGUCUCAAUUUGUGUCCCCUAGAAAGAUGGUAAGAUAUGAACCAAAUCACCAGAUAAUCAUGUGGGAAAAUUCCUUAAAUGCUGACAACAGCCAAAAUACAGCAUCAUCAUCGAUGGUGGAGACCAAUGUCAAACUCGAUAGUAGGUUAGAAGAUGGUCCACAUACCACAGUACGACAAUCGAAAAAAUAUGACCAGGAAGCCAGGAAGCCUGCAGAUAAGGUAUCAAGACGACUGGCACAGAACAGAGAGGCUGCUCGAAAAAGUCGUCUAAGAAAAAAGGCUUAUGUUCAACAAUUGGAAUCAAGUCGUUUGAAACUAGCUCAGCUGGAGCAGGGGCUUGGUCGAGCUAGGCAGCAGGGUGCAUACGUGGGUGGGAGUUUAGGAGAGUCAACUCUGAGCCUAUCAGCCAGUGUUAACUCAGGUGUUACUGCAUUUGAGAUGGAAUAUUCACACUGGGUAGAUGAACAGAGCCGACAAACCAAUGAACUUAGAGCUGCACUACAAGCACAUGUAUCCGAUAUAGAGCUUCGUAUGCUCGUUGAGACUGGAUUGAGUCACUAUGACAAUCUCUUUCGAAUUAAAGCAAUUGCUGUGAAAUCUGAUGUCUUCUAUCUUAUGUCUGGCAUGUGGAAGACAGCUGCUGAACGAUUUUUCCUAUGGAUUGGCGGUUUUCGCCCUUCAGAACUUCUGAAGGUUCUCUUACCACAGCUAGAUCCUCUGACCGAGCAGCAAAUGCACGCGGUAUAUAACUUGCAGCAAUCUUCUCAGCAAGCCGAGGAUGCUCUUUCGCAAGGGAUGGAGAAACUUCAACAGACUCUAGCUGAGAUUUUAGCGUCCGAUGCCUCUGGUUCUGAUGGUGUUGCGAAUUACAUGGGACAGAUGGUGAAUGCUAUGGGGAACCUGGAGGCUCUUGUAAAUUUCGUGAGCCAGGCGGAUAACCUUCGGCAACAAGCCUUGCAGCAGAUGUACAAGAUUCUCACAAUCCGACAAGCAGCAAGAGGUCUCCUUGCCCUCGGCGACUACUACCAACGCCUUCGUGCCCUUAGCUCGCUGUGGGCUGCUCGUCCCCGCGAACCAGCUUAGUGUGAUCUAUCAUUGUAAUAGGUUUUCCCUGCCCUUCUGUCGCUGUGGGCUCGUCGAGCCUACCAUUUUGUAAACAUAAGGUAUUGACUAAUUUGAAACAUACAGACCAAGUAGCGUCAAUAUGUAAAUAUCUAUGGCAUCUCCAAGACAUUGGUCCUCAAAAUUGCUUUUUCAGGCAGCUGCUAAAUCGCUCCAAGAUCACCAUUUCUUUUA